AUGGCUUCCGCUAGCAAGAUCAGAUUCAGUUGCUGGAAAAAUAAAGGUGAUAUAGAGAAUGGUGGGGAACCCAGGGAAGAGUCCACUUGCUUGAACGUCAAAAAGAGGCAUUUAUUUGGAGCAGAAAACCAGGAAGGUAAAGGCCGUCAAUCGGAAGCUAAGAUGGUUCGGCCAAAAGAACAUGUGUUAGAUGCUGCUAGUCGCCGCCGCCGUCACCGCUACAGAUACAGAACAGUUUAA